AUGUCUGACUCCAAGCAGGAAGAUUUCAGCGUCGCCGUCGUUGGCGCUGGAAUCGCUGGGCUUGCCCUAGCAAUAGGUCUACACAAGCAUAACAUUCCCUUCACACUCUACGAAGAAGCACCGCAGUACUCGACUGUCGGCGCUGGCAUUGGCUUCGGUCCCAAUGGGCUUCUGGCUAUGGAUCUGAUAGGAGAAGGGUUCAGACCAAAGUACGAGUCCAUUUGUGUUGGCAAUAAGUCAGCAAGAGACCAGGACGUCUUCUUUGAGGGUCUUCUCUGCGAAGAGGGCCUAGGACUGGACAAGGAUUGGUAUGGACGUUCAUCUUGGGGGUCGCCGAAUUACACUCGCAAGUCUGCACACCGCAAAGAGUUACUGGACAUCUUGACGAGUUUCAUCCCAAUCGAGAAUGUCAAAUUCAGCAAGCGCCUCUCGAACCUCGAGCAGCAUGGCGACAAAGCUGUGCUGCAUUUCUCGGACGGGGAAGUUGUUAAAGCAAGCGUUGUGGUAGGCGCAGACGGUAUCCAGAGUGUCGUGCGAGACCAUGUGCUUCGUCCGCUGAGCCCCGAUCAAGUCGAGCCAGUGUAUGCCCAGUCGUAUGCCUACCGAGCAGUGAUACCCAUGGAAGCAGCAAAUGAAAUUCUUGGAGACCUGACCGACACUGCCAAGAUCUAUGUUGGUCAGGACCGAAACGUCGUCACAUAUCGAAUUACCGGAGGCAAGGAGUUCAAUUUCCUUCACUGCGUCUAUACAGAUGCUGCAUGGCCGACACCGGAUUCCAUGACGCAAGAGGUCACCCACGAGGAAAUGAUGGCGGACUUUGAGGGUCAUGGCAUCGACGAGCGGUUGCUCAGGCUUCUGGGGAAGGCGAAGCCCAUACGAUGGGGGUUGUUCCAUCAUCUGAGAUCAUCGACGUACUUUCGAGGCCGGGCUGUCCUCAUGGGAGACAGUGCCCACGCAUCACUCCCGUACCAAGCAGCUGGAGCUGGCCAGGGUGUGGAAGACGCCUUGAUUCUGUCGACGGUGCUUGGCCAUGUAUCCAAAGUCUCCAGCAAAGAGAAUUUGACCGCAGCAUUAGAAGCAUAUGAUGCGGUACGGCGGCCGCGAGCUCAGAGGCAGCUUGAGCAGAGUCUUGAGGCUGGUGAACUCCUCAGCUCCCAAGAUCCGAAAGCAGGUUCGGAUAUGGAGCAAGUUCUCCAAAGGAUGCAGGGAGACCGUUUUGAUUGGCUAUGGUUUCAUGAUUUGAGGCAGGAUGUACAGCUUGCGCGGGAGGAGAUGGAGCAGAGACUCUCGACGUCGGUGAAUGGUUCCGAGUAA